AUGCGCGCGCCCCCGCCGAUAUCGUUUUCCUUAAACUCGACGACGCUCGUCGUCCUCCCGACAACAAACACUGGGCUCACGCAUAAUCUUGUCGCGCAGAUCACUCUGGAGGCCGGAGGUCCAAAGACCGUGGAUGUGCUCGCGAGCUACUUCAUCGCCCAAAACGAGAUUGCGGUGAGGCAACGGGCGUAA